AUGGCAACAGAAAACUGUUUGAGCAGUUCAUCGAUCAGCGCAGCUGACAAUGAGAAACUGGUAAGACCAAAAGUGCAAUUACAAAUCCUGUUACAACAGGCAGGUGCAGAAAAAGACAUUUUCACCAUGAAAGAGGUUAUGUUCUAUCUGGGGAAGUACAUCAUGCACAAAGAGCUCUACGAUAAGAAACAGCAGCACAUCGUCCAUUGUCGAGAUGACGCACUAGGGGCUGUGCUUGGGGUGGAUAGCUUCUCUGUCAAAGAGCCACGUGCCCUGUUUGCAAUGAUCUCUAAAAACCUAGUUGCUGUGAAAAACCCAGAGUCACAGUCUGUUUUCACUGAACCCCAGAGUCAGAGUCAGCCUGACAGAGGGCAAGAGGAGACAGUCUCUGACUCGCGUUCAUCUACCUCAGGCCAGCGAAGGAGGAGACGGAGCAGUGACCCUGCAGACUUGUCAGCGGGAGAGGAGAGUUGUGAGCGCAGGAAAAGGCACAAAUCGGACAGUUUCUCCCUGACAUUUGAUGACAGCCUAUCGUGGUGUGUGAUUGGAGGCCUUCACAGGGAACAAAGGAGCAGCGAGUCUUCGGAUUCCCUCAGUAACACUGAGGUAGGUAUAUCACACAGUGAGGACUCAGAGGAAGGCCAGGACUCAGACUCUGAUAACUUCAGUGUGGAGUUCGAGGUGGAGUCUAUUGAUUCAGAUGCCUACAGUGAGAACGAUGAGGCUUCUUUGUCUGGAGAUGAUGAGGUUUAUGAAGUCACUAUCUUUGAAGCGGAGGAUGAAGACUCAUUUGAUGAGGAUACUGAGAUAACAGAGGCAGACUACUGGAAGUGCUCAGAGUGUGAGGAACUCAACCCUCCUCUCCCUCGUCACUGCAAACGCUGCUGGACACUGCGCUCUGAUUGGCUCCCAGAUACCCACACCAGCCCCACUUCUCCCACCAAUGCCUCCACUGAAACCAAACCCUUACCAUCCAAGCCCUCCUUCCCUGAUACUGAGGAGGGUUUUGAUGUCCCUGAUAGUAUACGCUCUCGUUCUCCCCCAGCCAAGGAUGAGACCCCAGCCUCUCUGCCCAUGUCAGACUCCCAGGACUCUGCUUGUUUAUCUCAGCCCUCAACCUCCUCAGGGGCCAGUGGCAGUGCACUCUCUAGCCAGGAAGAGACCCCAGAACUGGAACGAUUCAAUAGCCUGGAGGCCUGUCUCCCAACCAGUUGCCUGGAGCCCUGUGUCAUAUGCCAGAGCCGGCCAAAAAAUGGCUGCAUAGUACAUGGACGUACUGGCCACCUCAUGGCGUGCUACACUUGUGCAAAGAAGCUGAAGAACCGCAACAAACUGUGCCCUGUUUGCCGUGAGCCCAUCCAAUCAGUGGUGCUGACAUAUGUCAGCUGAAUUAGGCAGACAUCCCCUUUGUCAUUGCACCUUGACUUCUGUUCUAGCGCCGCCACAAUACAGUACUUGCGUUAAAUUAACGUUAUUAAUUAAUGUAAAUAGUUAAUGUAUUGAUCGGAAAUUCUUUAUUUAUUGCGUGUGUUGUGUUUUUGAGUGAUUCCUCAGAUGCUGGAUUGUGUAAUCACACAGCUGUUUGAUUUAGGCUGAUUUUCUUUACAGUUUGGGUAUGUUUUGUUGCCUGUCUAUUAUUAAAGGAAAGGUGUACCAGUUUAUUGUAUUUUUUUUUUAACUGUUGAGUUUGUACUUUAAAAAUAGCUCAAUAGACAGGAGGUCGAUGCACUCCAUUGGCUGUUAUAGCUCCAGUCUCAGUAUACUAACAGUGGCAUCUGUGCAUAGAGCAGUGGGGUGUAUCAUUUAGCACAAGGCCUUUGCCCCUGAAAUCAUUAUCCCAGUCA